GAGUAGGUAAUUAUCAUAGAGCGUGGAUUCGGGGUGUGAAAAGGUCCUCGUAACUUGGUUGCAUACUUGUUUUUCUGUCCAUUUGUUCAUUUGUUCGUUUAUUCAUUUAUCUAUUUACGAUAUGAUAUCACUUCUGUGUCUCUAUGGGUGGGAAGAUUUCAUGAGGCGCUUCAUACCCUGUUCUGUAAGCCACAGGGGCAGUUCCAGACUCAAUUGCAAAAGUACCAUGCAGACCUCGGGGUUGAACAAAAGUACCAUGUCAAGGAUAAGGUUACUGGGGUUGAAAACAAAAGGACCACGCAUGAGGUAUCAGCAAGGCUGAAGGAGAUUCUAGGUUUGCGGCUGGGAUAUAUGAAGCUUUGGACUUCGCCGGUUUUUCGUGGUCAUAUUAUUUAAUUGUCGUUUUAAUUGUAUCUUUACUCUCGCUGUGUUUCGAUACUUUGACUUCAGUAUUUGAAACUAUCAGCUCGGGCGGGCUGGAGAAAUGGUUGAGAUGGCCACCAAUCUUGACUUUAACCUCGACGUUGAGACAUUGUCGCAAGAAUUUACAGGGAAUUUUUGGGAGGGCUUCAAUGCAUCGGGAGGUUUCGAUUAUGGUAUUGGACGAUUGGAAGUCGAACCUAGCGCUCUCGAUCGAUCAGCACCUUCCAUACAUUCAUGGCCCUCACCAUCUACUGGUCUCAAUCCAUGGUCCCCGCCUUCAUUGUCCUCCUACGAUGCGCCUACCUCGCCUCCAAUUACUACAGCUAACGAGGACCUAUCUAUGGUCAGGUCUAUGUUACCCCCGCCAAAGGCUGCUUCUAGACUCGCUCCCAGUGAACACUCUGCAGAGGAGUGGGAGAGCCAGAGAUCAAUUUUCACGCAACUCUACCUGACCGAAGGCAAGAGUCUCAAGGAAGUGAUGGAAACCAUGGAGAGUAAAUAUGGAUUUCGUGCAACGCCACGACAAUAUAAGCGACGAAUUGAACAGUGGAAGCUGGACAAGAACAUCAAGGAAAAUGAUAUGAGAGUUAUUCUGCGAAAAGACUUGAAAAGGAAACGUGAAGGGAAGAAGAGCGAGUUUCGAAUUAGUGGCCGGGAAAUUGAACCAAAGAAAAUCCAACGCUUCGCGCAGAGAUACAAAGUAACCGAGGAGACAAUCCUUGACUUUAAUGUUGAAACUCCUUGUUAUAUUGAUUGCGAUACCCCGGCACCGAUCAUUGAGGAUGAAGCCAUUCAACAUCAUACGAGGGAAGAAGACAGCACUAAAGUCUCAACAACACUUCCUCUACCAGGCGCACUGGUGAACCAGGGCCAGGACCGAGAGACUGUGAUAGCUAAUGCUAGAAAAAUGGUCCUAGAUCGGUUCAUUCGGGAACCUGGUCUUGCCAUUCCGAGUGAAUCUGCAUUUGAUCUCUCUGUCCUCAAGUAUUCUCCCGAACUGGAUGGCGUGUCGGACGAAGUGGUUAAUAGAUGGAUCAGAUACAGACUCCACGAAUUCCUUUUUUUAUUGUCGCCCGUUUUUUUAUUGUCGCCCGAUAUUCGCUCUGAGGCUCCCGAUUUUGACAUUCCCCUAUCAUCCAAUAAUUUCCCUCACGAUCACGAUAUUCUACUGAAAAAGUCAGACCAAAUAUCGCGCAGUAUUCUUUUACUCGGAUUCUGGCUUUUCAAGCAAAAUUUUCCUGAGGAUAAUUGGACGAAGAAAGACUUCGAGGUAAUCUGCGAGGGUCACAUUUUUGAGUACCUGUUGCGUUGUUGCGUCGCAUACCACUGUAAAGAGCGAGGUUCGGAACGAGAACGUCUGUUAUGGAGUCAUUUUACAAAACGCGUCUCUAUCCCAUGUUUUGAGGACUUCCUAAAUUUUGAAUAUUCUAUGUCUCCGAUGAAGUUUUACAGGCUCAGAUAUUUUGCUUGGGAUUUGUUUAGCAUGGAAAUUUUGCGUAUCGAUGAUUGGAAUAAUUUUGUGGAGAGAGCAAAAAGGGAAUUGAACCUUAUGGUUAAGUCAAUUUGAGGUGCUUGCUUUCAUAGGGAGACCAAAGAUGUAACUAUCGGAUAAUCUGGAAAUACAGCGGUCUUGCAUGAAGAUAUAGGAACUUUGUUCUAAUGGCCAUACUAUUGUGCUUCAAGGGUUGGGAUUAUCAAAUCACAGAGUGCUGAAUAAACCGAGGCUCUGAUACAGAGUAUCUGGAAAUUACUUGGGAUGAAACCGUUUUGCAGUCGUGGAAGAUUUGGAGAAAGAUAGGAGGAGAGGGUGGAAUAUGUUUCCCGACAACAGUUCGUUUGGCUACUGGACGUUGUUGAAAUUUUGUUGUUUCAAUUCGAACAAAACUAGCAUGUAUCACAAUCAUGAUGACACUUUGAACUGGAGAACAAAAAAAAAUCAAUCGACGAGUUGUCAUUACUGAUACGUUUGAAUGUGAGUCUGCAAAAUUACUUUAAAGGGAAUGUCUAUCUAUACUAUACGCCUGGUAUAUAUCAAUUAGAAGAGGAAAUGAAAGGCUGUUAUUGGGCUCAACGGAUAUUAUGUAAAUGAAAGAUUGUUGUGGGUUCGUGGGUAUCAUCGAAAUGCGGGAUUUAAAGGGGGGGGAAAGAGGAAGGUGAAGUUCUUUUGUAUUUGUAUUGCGCGUCAUUUUCGGUGUCAUUAGAGAUACUAGGAUAUUUGUUUCUAUUUUCAGCAAUCUCAUUCUUUUUUUUCUAAUUAC